AUGCGCACCACGCUUCUGGUCGGGUUAUGUUUAGUUGACGGACUUUUUUUCUAUUCAGAUCAUCGACGUUACAAGCGACAACUUAGCGAAUCAUUCGAUCAACAACAUAUUGAUCUUAACAUUACCGUACCCUACAUAUUUUCGGCAAGACUCUAUCCAUAUGGUGAAAGUAAAGGCGAUUUGAUUAUUCGUCGCUCCAUUGAGGUCUAUAAACUUGCUAAUCCAUUUCAUUAUCUUGGCCAAGUAUAUGACACAAUAUAUAUCCAUUCGUCUGGUGUUGUGACUUUUAGUCCAAAUGCGAUCUCCCCGGCAGCGCUGCCGGUCGGUGAGCCGGUACUGGCCGCGUACUGGAUGAACACAGAAGGUGCUACAGUAUACUACAGAGAAACAGACGAUGCGAACACUUUGAAUUUGGCGCACAACGAGGUGAACAUACAGUAUCGUUACGGUUCCAUAUUUCGCGUAAAAAGCGUGGUGAUCAUCACCUGGGAUGGUGGCAGGCCAAAGAAUUCUGGGAAUCUUUUCCAACUGGCGUUGAUCAUUGGCGAUUCGAUGACGUUCGCUCAUAUUGUCUACAGUAAACUCAACUCAAACGAUAAUGCUGUGGCUGGAUUCGCUUCGCUAAACUCAUCGUAUUCAUUGCCCGACUCGGCUACUCAUGAUGCGAUGCUCUUAUCAGAGAAGAGUGAUAUCGGUAUACCGGGUGAAUGGCUCUUUAGGAUCGACGGCCUUAAAGUCUAUCUUUGUGGGGCCGGCUUCAAGGGAAUUGAAUGUAUCGACAGUUGUGCUCCGUCUCAGUGGUUUAACGACUGCUCAAGAAACUGUCACUGUGAUGGUGGUGAUCCAUGCGACCAAGAGACGGGUCGUUGUCCAAAUGGUAGAUGCUCACCUGGUUGGAAAGGCGCACCAAUUUGCGACGAAGAUGUGGACGAGUGUGAACUGGAAGACGUGUGUCCGUUAUCCCAGCCGGACUGUAUGAAUACACCCGGCUCAUACCUAUGCAUUUGUUUCGAGUAUGACGAUUGUGUUGACAUUGAUGAAUGUGCCGAGAGUGCAGUUUGCGGUGCUAAUUCUCAAUGUGUGAAUCGACCAGGAAGUUAUGACUGUGUUUGCGACAUCGGUUACCGAUUCGUCGACGAUACCUGCCUUGAUAUUGACGAGUGUCAAGAAGAUGCCAUGUGCGGCGAAGGGCAAGGUGUGGAGUGCUUCAAUCGCCCCGGCUCGUACGAGUGCAAAUGUAAAGACGGGUUCAGUGGUGAUCCACGAAAGGGAUGUUCUGAUGUGGACGAGUGCUCGUCAGGCCUAGAGUACUGUGGACAGCACACAAAAUGCAUAAAUACGAUUGGCGGCUAUGAGUGCGAAUGCCUGGCUGGUUUUGAGCGAAUCGCUGAGGAUGCGGGAUGCACGGAUAUUGACGAGUGCUUCCUCUCGUUGUGUCAUCCAGCCGCCACUUGUGCGAAUCUUGUCGGAUCGUUCUCUUGUACGUGCCCAGACGGAUUCGUCGGCGACGGAAUGCAAUGUCAUGAAACGAUUCUGUAUCCGAUUGCGAACGAUUCCAUAGUGAUACCGAGAAAAGCGGAUGCGAUAGCGAAAAUCGACUUGCCAUCACCAGUAUUUGUGUUCGGAAAGCCAUACAAUACUGUUUAUGUAUCGUCUAAUGGCGUGCUCUCAUUCGAUCGUCCACUACCUGGUUUGAUCGAAAACGCGGAAUCAGUUCACGAAGCGGCCGUUUUUGCACUGCACGCGCAGUACGAUUAUGUGAGGGAAGGCCUCGUCGCUUAUACCUGUAUAACUGAAUCGGAUGUUUCUGCAUAUUCGUUGCUAAGCCGAUCUUCAAUCAGCGUUCAAAACAACUUCAAAAUCCCGACAUUCCGUACAAAAACACUCCAUCUCUUCACAUUCGAUCGUAUGAGACAGGCCGGAAGCGAAAAUUUGAAUUCGUUUCAAAUCGCUUUGGCACAAUCCAAUGAAAUAACGAUGCUGACGUUGAUCUACGAGAAAACACAGUCCAAAGGACCAAUGACAGGUAUCUCUUCACCUACUUCGUUCCAUUUCUUACCAAACGAUCUGCUAUCUACUCAAUCGAAUGUCGGUCAACCCGGAAAGUGGAUGUUCAGGAUCGAUGAUUUGAUUGGCACAUGUCCGGCUGGUAGAGAACAUCCUCCACUUUGCGAUAAAGAUUGUCCAUCAGGACAAUAUGGUUUCUUCUGUGAAAGUCGAUGCCGAUGUGCGGCCGGCUUCCCGUGCGACACCGCAACUGGAGUUUGUGCCAAUGGAUGCGCAUCCGGUUGGACAGGUCGCAACUGUGAUCAGGACGUCGACGAAUGUAUUGCCGGAGUCGUUGGUUGCGGUUCGAAUGCUGAGUGCGUCAACACUGUUGGAGGUUACGAAUGUCGAUGUCAGAAAGGGUAUUCUGGUGACGGCAAACUAUGCUCAUUGGCCGAACGAUGCUACUCACGAUUUGGACGAUCCUGUUCGGUUAAUGCUUCCUGCGAAGAAAAUCCGGAUGGUCCACAAUGUGUAUGCAGUCGUGGUUAUCAAGGCGACGGUUUUAUAUGCUUACCUCAACCUCACAUUCACUCCUCAAUUGGAGAUAUUACGAAUCUCCUGCAUAGUGAAAAAAGUCAAGUGUUCCUAAUUGGUCCUGCCGUAUUAUGCGCCAUCUGGGUGAUCCUUGUUAUUGUGGUCAUAGCUGUUUGCUGUAGAAACGAGACCAGGUAG